CCCUCCAUCUUGGGUAAAGGUCGUACUGAAUGAACUUCACCCUGACACGCCAUAACAGCAUUACAAUUGAGGGGCUCUCGGGGAUUUGUUGGGGUGAAAACACUGAUCGAAUGACAAUGUAUUGAAUUUAAAAAGACCCUGUGAAAAUGUUUGGGAGUCAAUCAUCAAGCAAAACUGGCCAUCCAGUCAAUCACCCAACCACUGAAAUGGCAUCAAGUUCAUCCAUUUGCCCAUCCACCCAUCCAACACGUAAUUUCUCUGGUUUCGGCACAACUCACUCAACACCACAGUUGUCUGCAUCACCUCUUCCAGGCAGCUAUUUCUCGACUGGUUCAAGACCUGCUGAAUCCAGCACUCCAUCACUCCAUCCUACAAGUAACUCCUCUGUCAGUCGUUCCAGCAGUGUGACUCCCCAUCCACCCAUCCCAUCUCCUGUUCACCAGCCGCCCUGUCCAUCCAGCCAGACGACAGCCCAGAUGUCUACCCAUGGGUUGGAUGUGUCUGACACCCAGUCAGACAUGGAGGAGGGAGAUGUGGCAACACUCAGACAAAGACAAGAGGACUUUGCUGACAUUGAUUCACAGGUGUAUCUGAGUUUGGUGUGGCAUGGAGGACGAAUCAGUCUAGCAUAUUACGAUAUUGACACCAUGCUGAUUCACCUUAUGCUGGACACUGAAGAAACAGACAAUUUUUCCAUACUUAAAAGAGCCCUGCAUCAGCUUAGACCUGAGAAAGUUGUUGCAAGUUCAAAACAGGAUGAGCGCUUGGUGAAGUUUCUCAAGCAAGCACUGUCAUCCCCGCAAGUUGGGAGGAGUGGAGAGGAGGAGGAGGAUACAGAAGUGUUGCAGUUUCUACCCAGUGUCGACUUUUCUCUUGCGAUCUGCAAACGAAGAAUCCUGUCCCUCAAUCUCCCCACAAUACCUGACCACUACACUGACAUGGAGCGCACUCUCUACAUGUCAUCACUUGUGCCCUUUGAGAAUGUCUGCAUGGUGAGGGCGGCAGGGGGUCUGCUCAAGUUCCUGGAGAAGGCUCGUGUGGGCGUGGAACUGGAAGACUCUGACAUCAGGGUGCCGGUGCUGGGCAUACAGAUUUUCACACUAGAAGAUCAGAUGAUAAUAGAUGACAUUACUUACAGUGCUCUGCAGAUCUUCUACCGUGAGGCCCACCCCUCUGUCUACAAGUCUGGGUCAGGAGCCAAGGAGGGCCUCAGUCUGUUUGGCAUCCUAAACAGAUGCAGGUCUCAAAUAGGCAGCAAAAUGUUAAGGUUGUGGUUCCUGCGACCUCUGCGGAAUGUGGACAUCCUGAAACAGAGACACGCUGCAAUAGAGUUCUUUAUGCAUGCCAGGAACAUAGAGGUCCUCACUACCCUGUCUGACUGUCUUAAGCAUAUCAAGAAUGUACCAAGAAUCAUAACACGGAUGCUGCAGGCUCAGGCUUCUGUUGGGGACUGGCAAGCCUUGUAUAAGACAACCUACCAUGCCAUCUACAUCAGGGAUGUAUGCCGGGCACAACCACAACAUAUUGCUGUGUUCAACGAGAUCAGCACAUGUUUCAGUGAAGCUCUCCACAAGAUUGCAACACUCAUCAGCAGGAUUGUGGACUUUGAACAAUCCACUUUGCAAAAUCAUUUUGUGGUCAAGACAAAUGUAGACCCAGAACUGGAUGAAAAGAAGAGGACAUACAAUGGACUGCCAGACUUCAUGACUAAAGUAGCUAGAGAGGAACUGGACAGACUAAGUCCAGACAUAGUGGAGUGUAACAUCAUCUACCUGCCACAGAUAGGGUAUUUGCUGGCAAUCCCUCAGACUGAGAAGAUGAAAAGACCAGAGGAAUAUGAGAUCGAGGGACUAGAAUUCAUUUUUCUUUCAAAUGAAAUACUGCACUACCGAAGUGCAAGUACAAGGGAGUUGGAUCGCUUGCUUGGUGACACAAUGUGCGACAUAACAGACCAUGAGACCAGCAUCCUUCAUCGCCUACAGAACAAGAUCCUGGAACACACAGAUGUACUGUACCUCGUCAUGGAGCAUGCUGCUGAACUUGACUGAGUCUCACAAGAUUUCUGUCUCAUGGCUUUGGCAACUUGUGCAAGAGAGUUUAACUAUGUGAAAUGGACCUGAGCUGUUCUUGUUUAUGUUGCUUCUUACAGACAUCCACUUCAAGAACUCUGCUGCACUCCCUUUGUGCCCAAUGAUCUUCACAGUGGUGGGGACAGAGGAAAGAUUAAGCUCCUCACAGGGCCAAAUGCUUGUGGAAAAAGUGUCUACCUGAAACAGAUUGCCCUGAUAGUGUACAUGGCCCAGAUUGGCAGCUUUGUCCCGGCAGAGCAUGCUGUUAUAGGGAUGGUGGACCGGAUCUUCACCAGAGUCAAGUCACUGGAGAGUGUGUCCCUUGGACUGUCCACCUUUAUGCUGGACAUCAACCAGAUGGCCGAGUCAUUGAGAAAUGCAAGUGAGAGGUCGCUGGUGAUUGUUGAUGAAUUUGGAAAGGGCACAGAGACAACAGAUGGCCUCUCUCUGUUUUGUUCGUGCCUGAAGUACUGGCUAGCACAGAACGCCCAGUGUCCACAUGUCCUGAUGUCCACUCACUUCCACAGUCUCGUCCACCAGAAUAUGCUGCCCCAGUCAGACCAGCUCCAGUUCCUAACACUAGACACACUACACAAUGGUGAGGAGCUUGUGUUCCUGUACCAGAUUGUUGAGGGACACACUACAUCCAGCUAUGCCAGUCACAUUGCAGCACAGGCAGGAUUACCUCAGGACUUGGUGAACAGGGGAACUCAGGUGUCGGCCCUGCUGCGAGAGUGCCGCCAAGUACACAGACUGGAUACAGAGGAUACAACGUCACAGCUCAAGAGAUGUGAGCGGAUGGUGACCCGGUUCCUGCAGCUGGACAUGAAGACUGAUGAUCUCCAGUCCUUCCUGAAAGACUUCAUUCUACCGGUCAGCAAGGGCAAGCACUGACCAUCUACCUAAUCAACCUCUGUCGUGAUCAAGAUGUGCAAACAUCAAUCUUAUUAAAAUCAGAUCCUUUUAUACAUACCUCUCUGCAUGAAAAUCUGGUGACUUGUAGCAGGUUGUGUCUUCUGAACUCUGAGCUCUGAGCUCUGAAAGGGUGUGUGGAUUCUUUACCCAAUCAGUCAGUAUUCACGAUUGGUGUUU